CGAUAACUCUAAGUCAGAUACUUUGGACUUCCUUUUCCGGUGUAAAUCGCCAUCAUGGGUAUAUCUCGUGAUAAAUGGCACAAGAGGAGGAGUACUGGUGGGCGUAUGACCCAGAUCCGUAAGAAGAGGAAGUUUGAAUUGGGUCGUCCUGCUGCUAACACCAAGCUAGGAGCCCAAAGAAUCCACACUGUGCGGAAUGGGGGUAACAAGAAAUUCAGAGCUCUUCGUCUGGAUACAGGAAACUUCUCUUGGGGGUCAGAGGCCAUUACAAGAAAGACACGUAUUAUUGAUGUCGUUUACAAUGCUAGUAACAAUGAACUGGUCAGAACCAAGACUCUUGUGAAGUCCUGCAUUGUGCAGAUCGAUGCCACCCCAUUUAGACAGUGGUACGAAGCUCAUUAUGCCAAGCCUCUGGGAAGGAAGGCAGGAGUGAAGUUGGCAGAAAAAGAGGAAGCUGUGUUGAAGAAGUUGGAGUCAGCAUCCAAGAAAACUAAGAGAAAGUAUGCUGAAAGAGAAAAGCUGGCCAAGGUGGAGCAUGCCCUGGACGAUCAGUUUACUGCUGGACGAGUUCUAGCUAAGGUGGCAUCCCGUCCAGGACAGUGCGGCAGAUGUGAUGGAUAUAUUAUGGAGGGAAAAGAACUCGAGUUCUAUCAGAGAAAACUUAAAACAAAGAAGGGAAAGUAAAUAUGUGAUGCCAUCAAAUAAAAGGAAAAAAAUGA